AUGCCAAAUUUAAUUGGACAAGAGACACAAUUUGAUGCAAGACAUCAAUUACAAACAUUUAAACCAUUAAUUACUUAUAAAUGUUCAUCAAAAUUAAAUUUUUUCUUAUGUUCUAUUUAUACACCAAUGUGUGAUGUAAAUACACAUUAUUUAAUUGGACCAUGUCGUCCAUUAUGUGAACAUGUACGUGCAAGAUGUGCACCAUUUCUUAGAGUAUUUGAUUUUAAUUGGCCAGAAAAUUUGAAUUGUUCACGAUUUCCUAUAAAAAAUAGUGUUGGUGGUGCAAUGUGUAUGGAAGGUCCAGAAGAUUUAGAAGAAGAUAUAAAUUCAUUGAAAAGUGCAAUUAGUAGUAGUAGUAUUAAUAAUAAUAAUCUAGAAUUAAAUGAUAAAUUCAAUAAACCAAAUCAUAUAGAUCUACCAUUAGAUCCAUCUAUGAAACAAAUGUUACAAGUAAUCAAUUUAAACAAUGAAAAAUCAAUAACAAUCAAAUAA